UCGACCAUACGACGGUUGAAGGGGAAGAGUGAGGUAGUUGCGCCGAUUUCAGCACCCAUGUUACAGAUAGUGGCCAUACCCGUGCAUGACAAUGAUUCGACACCAGGACCGUGGUAUUCAACGAUGGCACCAGUUCCACCCUUGACAGUGAUAAUGCCAGCGACCUUCAGGAUGACGACACGCGCACCCUUGGGCGUAGUCCAGCCUCCAAUCUUGCCAGUAAGGUUCACACCGAUGACAUUAGGGCACUUCAAUUCCCAAGGAAUAUCCGCCAUGACGUCAACAGCAUCGGCACCCCCAACACCACAGGCAACCAUACCCAAACCUCCUGCAUUCGGUGUGUGAGAGUCAGUCCCGAUCAUGAGUCCACCAGGGAAUGCGUAGUUUUCCAAGAUAA